CCGAAUUUCAAGUCUGAAUCAAGAGAAUAAAAACAACAGGACAAUGAGGAACACGUUUGUAUGUGAUGAUUCAAUGAUCAUCACCAUACCCAUUUGCAGUCUCAGGGACGCUCGAGAGGGUCAACUGAUGCCGGACAAAUUUCACUGUGUGUUCAAAGACACCUACAAGGUUUUUGCUAUAAGGGGAAAACCUAAACCUCUUGGGGCAGCCCAGGCCAUCGCUGGUGUGUUUGUUCUUACACUCGGUCUGAUUUCUAAAGGGGAAAUACAGUCCUGGUGGCUAACUUUACCCAGCAUUCUGUUUGUGGUCUCUGGUUUCUUGACCUAUGCUGCAGGACAAUGUCCAAACAUACACUUGACAAAACUGUCGUUCUCUGUGAACAUCAUCUGCUUCUUCUGGUCAAUUGCAGCUGUUUGUCUCUGUGCAGUCAUGUUUGACAGCACCUCAGAAGAGAAUAGGACGGAAUCGUUUCAUCGAGGAAUCAAUGGACUGAUUAUAUCUCUCCUGGUUGGUGAAAAGAUCAUAGCCUUGUUCUUGAUCUACUGGCUGAGUAAAGCUGUUUGCAGAGAGCAUUUCAACUCUUUGCCCAUGGUUCUGCUGAAACAGGGAGACUGAAAAUACUGCAAAGAACAGAUGAAAGUCAACGAACAAAAGACUAACCACUGAUAUUUGUGAUGCUUUAGACUUCCUGAAUGUAUCUCAGUGUAUAGCAGCCUGUCAGUGUUAUAUACCUCUCAUCAUGCUGCGCAACAAAGAAGAAUUGUGAAAGUUAUUGUUUUUGUUUCAGCAAAAAGUGGGUUGAAUGUAAAUAUAUAGCGUAUCACUUCUUGUAUGUAAAUUGCCAAUUAUUCUUAUCAUUUUUGUUUUUGUACAGCUCAUCUAACUACUUAUAUUGCAUUGUUUUAUAAUUUUACAACAGUAUGCCGUAUCAAAUCAGAAACGUAAGUGUUGCUGCUUCUGCGCUUCACAAUUAUCUUCGGUUUCUAUAAAGUCCUGGAGAAUGCUCUAUUAUCUCAACUCCUAGAAGUUUACAUCAUAAUUGAAAACUUUUUGCGCUUCUGAAAAUAGUGCUGCAUUUUGCAUUUUGAUACUGUAGCCCACCGUAUGUUGACUCUAAAUUUCAUGAACUAUUUUAGAUUUAUUAUUCCUUGUUGUAAUAUCCAACUUUAUCUCUUAGUUAAGCAGACUGAUCAGGCUGUUUAACGGCUAUCAAACUAUUAUGAGUCCUAUAUGACCUGAUUCAUUUAUUCAUUGUUAUUUUACUACUAUUAUAUUCAUCUCAGGAUCGUUAAAAUGUUGGUUCAAUUCAAAUUUCAUUUCAUCUCACCUUGACUGCUGCAGCGAGUGAGAUAAAAUGUACUUCUUGUCUGUGUGAAUUUCCACAGUGAUCUUGCGUAACUAUGAAUUUGUGAACAUAAAGCAUGAGGUCUGUAGCUUGAUUGAACUUGAACUUAAACUUAACUGAACUGU